CAAAGACAGAAUACAUUCCAUGCACACUCAUCUACACGCCCCCUUUUCCAUUGUCCAGUGGAGAAUAUUGAUAUAUAGGACUCCCACUUUAUCCCUUUUCUCAAGGACUGCAUUCCUUUGUUAAAACCCAAAAAAGAAACCCCCUCUGCCCCUCUCCCUCUCCCUCUCCCUUAAACAUGAAGGAAAUGGUGGCAUCUUCUUCGAUCUCUCCUCCAGUUUCCUACAUCAUAUACCAUCUUCUCCUUUACCUCUGAACCCUUUCUUGAAAUAAAAUUUUGCUUUACUUUUCUUAGGUUUUCCCUGGUUCUCUUGUUUUUAUUUUUAUGGGGGCUGGUGUUUCUGCUCUGGCGGCAGAUGCUCAAAGGGGUUUUCCAUUAAGGCCUGGUCUUGAUGAUGUGCCAGAAAGCUGUAUAUCAUCAAUUUUUAUGUGCUUGGAUCCACCAGAGAUAUGCAAAUUAGCGAGCUUGAACAGGGCCUUUCGUGGAGCUUCUUUGGCUGAUUUUGUAUGGGAAACAAAGCUGCCAUCAAACUACAGGUAUCUGGUUAAGAAAGUUCUUGGACAAAGUCCGGAGACUUUAAGCAAGAAAGAGACUUAUGCAAGACUUUGCUGCCCCAAUCGAUUUGAUGGUGGCUCCAAGGAAGUGUGGUUGGAUAAACACAGCGGUAAGCUUUGCUUGGCAGUAUCCGCCAAGGCACUGAAAAUAACAGGGAUAGAUGAUCGGAGAUAUUGGAAUCACAUUCCAACAGAAGAAUCCAGAUUCCAGACAGUGGCAUAUCUUCAACAAAUCUGGUGGUUUGAAGUGGUUGGAGAAUUAGAUUUUGAGUUUCCUCCGGGGGCAUAUAGUCUAUUCUUCAGGCUGCAGCUAGGCAAAUCCUCAAAAAGAUUCGGCCGACGGGUCUGUACCCUUGAUCAGGUUCAUGGCUGGAAUAUCAAGCCCGUCCGGUUUCAACUUUCAACGUCCAAUGGCCAGCAAGCCGCGUCAGAAUGUUACUUGUAUGAACCAGGGAACUGGGUUCAUUACCAUGUGGGAGAUUUUGUCAUUGAGAAUUCAAAUUCCCCAGCAAAGAUCAAGUUUUCAAUGAUGCAGAUCGAUUGUACACAUACCAAAGGAGGUCUUUGUGUAGAUUCUGUAUUGAUAUACCCUAGUGAGUUUAGGCUGAGAUUGAAGUAAACUAAGUUUUUAGGAUGUUCUCUAGUAGGCAGGUACAUAAAACUAAAUUACAUAUGUUACAUUAAAAUGGGGAGCAGUUCAAACAGAAAUGUGGGUUGUUUUUUUUUUUUUUGGGUCCACAAAUAUAAUUUGCAUGUGAAUUUCAUGUUCUUUUGUCUCAAUGUCCUCUAGCUAGGGUUUUUUUCUUUUUGUUAAUACAUUUUAAUCAACGUUGUCUUAUUCUCUUUGUCCAGUAAA